AUGGAGGUGGAAAAGAAACCACCACACAAGGUGGAGAAGAAGAAGAGACGAUGGGAUGAAGAGACAUGGGUGGAGACGGCAGUGGAGAGCAGGUUGUGUAAUGUCUAUGCCACAAUCGUUUCUCAUGAUGGCCGAGCCAUUACCAUUGAUGGUCACCGCCGAGUUCUCCUUUCUGGUUCGAUUCAUUAUCCUAGAAGCACUCCUGAGAUGUGGCCGGAUCUUAUCAGAAAAAGUAAAGAAGGAGGUCUUGAUGCGAUCGAAACAUAUGUCUUCUGGAAUGCGCAUGAGCCUACUCGCCGUCAAUAUGAUUUUUCUGGAAAAUUAGAUCUUAUUCGAUUCCUGAAAACCAUUCAAGAUGAAGGAUUGUAUGGUGUUCUUCGCAUAGGACCAUAUGCAUGUGCUGAGUGGAAUUACGGAGGAUUCCCAGUUUGGCUGCACAACAUGCCUGGAAUGAUGUUCAGAACUACAAAUAAAGCAUUUAUGGAUGAGAUGCAAAACUUCACAACUAUGAUAGUAGACAUGGUCAAGAAAGAAAAUUUAUUUGCAUCACAAGGAGGCCCAAUUAUUCUUGCUCAGAUAGAAAAUGAGUAUGGAAAUGUAAUGGGACCCUACGGAAAAUCGGGUAAAGCAUACAUUAAGUGGUGUGCAAACAUGGCUCAGUCUCUUGAUGUUGGUGUUCCGUGGAUAAUGUGUCAACAAAAUGAUGCUCCUCAGCCUAUGUUGAAUACAUGUAAUGGAUUUUAUUGUGACAAUUUUGUACCAAACAAUCCCAACACUCCUAAGAUGUGGACUGAGAAUUGGACCGGAUGGUUUAAGCAAUGGGGUGGCAAAAAUCCCCAUAGAACAACCGAAGAUGUUGCAUUUUCUGUUGCAAGAUUCUUCCAAAGAGGAGGAACUUUUAAUAAUUAUUAUAUGUACCAUGGAGGCACCAACUUUGACAGAACUGCAGGUGGUCCAUACAUCACAACUUCAUAUGAUUAUGAUGCUCCCCUUGACGAAUAUGGUAAUUUGAAUCAACCAAAAUACGGGCAUUUGAAACAACUUCAUGAUGUUCUUCACUCGAUGGAGAGAACUCUCACGUACGGAAACAUCUCCACCAUUGACUUUGGAAACUCUGCAUCGAUUACCACUCAAACUUCAAUGAUGGUUAAGAAGCCAAAUGAAGCUGAGGAUACCCCUUCAACUCUUAAAUGGUCAUGGAGACCAGAGAACGUGGACAACUUCCUUUUGAAAGGAAAAGGAGAAUCUACACAGACACAACUAUUUGAUCAGAAAGUAGUAACCAAUGACCAAAGUGAUUAUCUAUGGUACAUGACUACCGUUAAGUUUAAAAAACGAGAUCCAUUUUCGGGUAAAAACAUGUCUCUUCGCGUCAACAGUACUGCUCAUGUCCUUCACGCUUUUGUCAAUGGAAAACAUAUUGGUAGUCAACACGCUGAGAAUGGUAAAUUUAACUAUGUAUUUGAGAAAGAUGUGAAGUUUAAGUCUGGUCGUAAUGUCAUUGCUCUUCUUAGCAUAACUGUGGGACUUGCGAACUAUGGUGCUUUCUUUGAAAGUAAGCCUGCUGGAAUCACUGGACCCAUUUUUAUUACUGGAAGAAAUGGUGAUGAAACUAUAGUUAAGGACUUGUCUGCUCAUAAAUGGGGCUAUAAAACCGGUUUAAUUGGGUUUGAGAGCCAACUCUUUAGAACGGAAUCAAUGUCUAAAUGGUCAGUUGAAAGUGUACCGUUUAACCGAACCAUGACAUGGUAUAAGACUACAUUCAAGUCUCCCUUGGGAAAUGAUCCGGUUGUUGUCGAUCUUAUGGGACUUGGAAAAGGUACAGCUUGGGUAAAUGGAAACAACAUUGGACGUUAUUGGCCGGCAUUCAUUUCAAGCGAAAAUGGUUGUGAUGCAAAAUGUAAUUAUAGAGGUGCUUAUCAUGCUGAAAAAUGUCUGACCAAUUGUGGUGAACCCACACAAAGAUGGUACCAUGUUCCUCGUUCUUUCUUGAAUGCAGAAGGAGAUAACACACUAGUUUUGUUUGAGGAGAUGGGAGGAAACCCAUCGCUUGUCAGUUUCCAAACUACUAGAGUGGGAAGUGUAUGUGCUAACGUCUACGAGAAAAAUAUUAUUGAGCUUUCAUGCGAUAGAAAACCAAUUUCUGCCAUCAAAUUUGCAUCAUUUGGUAACCCAGAUGGCGAUUGUGGAUCUUUUGUAAAAGGAACUUGUGAAUCAAGUAAUAACACGGUUGAUAUUCUCACACAAGAAUGCGUUGGAAAAGAGAAGUGUUCCAUUGAUGUCUCAACGGAAAAGUUUGGAGCACCAGAUUGCAGUGGUGCUGUCAGAAGGCUCGCCGUCGAAGCUAUAUGCUAA